CAGUAGCCCAACUUGAUUGUUCCUACAUCGCAAAUCUAACGAUUAAAUUAACAGAAAAUCAUUCCUGCAAUUCUCUCUCUUUUCCCUUUUCAUUUAUCUUCUUUAAUUUACUCGAAACACAUACACUUUGGAUCCAAUUACCAAAUCAUCGAUUCCAAGUGGAUUUUGAAUUGGGUUAUCGAUGGAACUAUCUCCAAACCAAUCUGAUUUUGAAUACUUGUUCAAGUUAUUGCUAAUUGGGGAUUCUGGUGUGGGUAAAAGUAGUCUGCUUUUGAGUUUCACUUCUAAUACUUUUGAUGAUCUCUCUCCUACCAUAGGCGUGGAUUUUAAGGUACAGUAUGUUACUAUUGGUGGGAAAAAGUUGAAGCUUGCCAUCUGGGACACAGCUGGACAGGAGAGGUUUAGAACGCUUACUAGUUCCUACUACAGAGGAGCUCAAGGGAUCAUAAUGGUGUAUGAUGUAACAAGACGAGACACAUUUACUAAUCUAUCUGACAUAUGGGCUAAAGAAAUUGAUCUGUAUUCCACGAACCAGGAUUGCAUCAAGAUGCUUGUGGGAAACAAAGUUGAUAAGGAAAGUGAAAGGGUUGUCUCCAAGAAAGAGGGGAUUGACUUUGCCAGACAGUAUGGAUGCCUUUUUAUUGAAUGUAGUGCAAAAACUCGUGCCAAUGUGGAGCAAUGCUUUGAGGAGCUUGUUUUAAAGAUUUUAGAAACACCUAGUCUUUUAGCCGAAGGCUCAAGUGGUGUGAAAAAGAACAUCUUCAAACAGAAGCCUCCACAGGAUGUUGCAACUAGUAGUUGUUGCUAAUGGUGAUUGACUACCCUUGUUUCUAUUGACUCUUUUUUGUUGAAGCAGCCUCUGGUUUUCUUUCCUCUACACUGUAAAUUAUUUACAAAAUCAUAAUGUUCGAUGUGAUUUAUGUUAUUUUUAUUUUUGGCCA